CAUAGCUGGGACCACAGGUGUGCACCACCAAUCUUGGCUAAUUUUUCUAUUUUUUUUUUAUUUUUAGAGAUUGGGAUCUUGACUCUAUCUGGACAGGGAAGGAAUCUAUAGAAGAAAAAUUUGAGUUGGAUAAGAUAAGAGCCCAACUCCAGGAGUUUUAUAAUAAAGGGAAUGAUUUCAUUUAUAUAACUGAAAAGUCUAGGUGUUAGAGACAGCUGGAUCCUGGGCCAUAGAAUGGGUAGGAGUGCACCUCUAUCUUUUGGCUCUGUUUCUUUCUGUGUUUCUCUUAUUCUCAGAUUCUUUCCAAGCACCGGCAAGGAGACCUACCCUUCCUUUCCUCCAGUUCAGCCCCAAGAGAAGGGAAAUUAGUACCUCUUUCCUAUUGGUCCAGUCAUAAUUGCAAGUUGAUUUUCAUUGACCCAACUUGAACUACUCAUUGCAGAAGGGUAAACGGAUAUGCAAAUUGGCCAGGCUUGGUACACAAGCCCAGACUUAGAGCUAGGGAGUGGGACAUAGCACAUGGAUUGAGAAGAGAGGAAGAAGUCCACAAAGGAGGUGAGAUGGCGGCUGGGCAAAACGGGCAUGAAGAGUGGGUGGGCAGCGCUUACCUGUUUGUGAAGUCCUCGCUGGACAAGGUGGUCCUGUCGGAUGCCUACGCACACCCCCAGCAGAAGGUGGCAGUGUACAGGGCUCUGCAGACUGCAUUGGCAGAAAGCGGCGGGAGCCCAGAGGUGCUGCAGAUACUCAAGAUACACCGCAGCGAUCCGCAGCUGAUAGUGCAGUUGCGAUUUUGCGGGAGCCAGUCCUGCGGACGCUUUCUCCGCGACUACCGCGAGGGGGCACUGCGCGCUGCGCUGCAAAGGGGCUUGGCGGCUGCCCUGGCCCAUCAUACUGUGCCGCUGCAACUGGAGCUGCGGGCUGGCGCGGAGCGGCUCGACGCGGUGCUAACGGAUGAAGAGCGCUGUUUGAAUAGCAUCUUAGCUCAGAAGCCCGACCGGCUCCGGGACGAGGAGCUCGCUGAGCUGGAGGAUGCACUGCGGAAUCUGACGUUCGGCUCAGGUGGCCAUGGUAGCAACACGGAGGUAGCUCAGGGUUCUUCGCAGUCCCCGGUCCCCUCUUUCUCGGAGAAGGCGCCUCCACCGUCUGGCCAGACUUUUCUGUUCCAGGGUCAACCCAUAGUGAACCGGCCGCUGAGCCUGCAAGACCAGCAGACAUUUGCACGCUCUGUGGGCCUCAAAUGGCGCAAGGUAGGGCGCUCACUGCAGCGGAGCUGUCGCGCCCUCCGGGAUCCGGCGCUGGACUCGCUGGCCUAUGAGUAUGAGCGUGAAGGGCUGUACGAGCAGGCCUUCCAGCUGCUGCGGCGUUUCGUGCAAGCCGAGGGCCGCCGCGCCACGCUGCAGCGCCUGGUGGAGGCGCUGGAGGAGAACGAGCUCACCAGUCUGGCAGAGGACUUGCUGGGCCUGGCCAGUCCCGAUGACGGCUUGGUCUAGGCCAGGUGCUCAGCCAGAGGUUUGGAGCACCUGGAUGACACUAGGGUCCCUUCUGCUGCUAUCCAGGGCCCCCUGUCUAUGCACGGGACUCUGAGACCACACUUACAAUCUCACUUGCCUCUCUGCUGGAGCUCCUGGGGUAGAGUUGCUUCCCCCAGGAAUCAAGCUGUCUGGGGUAUACCAUGGGAGAUUCUGCCCCCAUAUAAUUUGCUGGAGAUAGCGUUUGGGUGACCUGCUGCAGAGGUCAGCCUCACCCUCUCCUAUCCAAGAAGGACUUGAAGCUGGUGUUUACUUCACUCAUUAAACACUGGCCCCUGGGUAUCCUAGGCAUCAUCCUGGGUGCUGCAGAUGCUGUGGUGAGCAAGAUAAAUGAUUCUGGCCUGCCCCCAUCUCACACACAGUGUGGUACCAACAUUAUUAAGCAAUGGAAAUAAAGUGUAACCCUUUUUUGAUGUGAAGUAAA